GCAAAAUGGCUUCACCCGAAACUUUUGUAUUUUAGUGUAAAACGAUUUAUUUUGUUUGAAUAAUUUAAAGGAAACUACUGAAAAUGGAAGAAAGUGAAGUGUUGCAACUGUUAGUAGUAAUAAUGGACGUGUGUAAUGUGUUUCUAACCUUAAAAUUAAUUAAUCUGUAUUAACUGAAGCCUUAAUUAAAAUCGAUAAUGGACUCUUAAAAUUUUAAUACAAGAUUGAAAAAUGAGGCACCUAGAGAAAAUUCAGCCUGACUCAACAGCAGCGAAUUUAGACGAGAACAAAACAGACCUAUUUGAAACAUUUGCUCCAGAAAUUAAAGAAGAAAUACCAAGUUUCAUGUUGGACGAGAACUUUAUGAAAACCGAGUUCAGUAGUGACGAGGAGAGCAUAAUGGGAGCUAAUUUAACUAUAGACAUAAAAAAUGAUAGUGAUGGUAGUGAGGAGUUAGAUAGUCCUUCUAAAUUCGAAGUUAAGAAAAAUAAACGUAAAGCGUCUGCACCACAGAGAGCUGUACAACUUGAGUUGAGUCAAAGCAGUUCAGUGGGAAACAGUUCCGAGUCUUCUCAGGAUCAUAUAGAUAAUCUCAAGUUUAGUAAUAAUCAAAAUUUGGACGAUAUUUUGGCUAUAGAAAGUGAGACGGGGCUUGAUUUUGCCGAAGGGGAUGAAAUUGAUGACGAUCUGUUGCAUGAUAUCAAUGAUGUUGAUAUUUUCAAGGAUCUUCAAGAAGAAGCUGAUGGUGAGACAAUUGAUGACGAAAUUAUUGACAAUGUAAAAGAAGAAUGGAGGGCGCACUGGGGUGUAAAAUGCAACAUGUGUGAACAGGUUUUCCCGUAUAAGACUGAAUUUGACAAACAUUAUGUGUCUACUUAUAACCUCAGUCCAGUAUACACUUGCACGUUCUGCAAUAAGUCUGCCGAGAAGUAUUCCACGUUUCGUUCACACUGUUACCGGCAUAUAACGGAAGGACGCUACAAAUGUCAGGAGUGCCCCAAGGGCUUCAGCCUGCAGAGCAUGCUGCAAGUGCACGUUCUCGCCAAACACACAAAGGCCAAACCGUUCAUGUGCGAGGAAUGUGGCAAGAGCUUCGUGACGAAGCCCGGGCUGAAGAUCCACCUCAAGAAGCACAAGACUGAAACUAAGGAGGAUUAUCCUUGCGUGGAGUGCGGAAAAGUUUUACACACGCGUGGCGGCCUGACGUCCCACAUGAACGUUCACAGACUGGGCAGGAGAUUCAUGUGCGACGUUUGCGGGAAAACCUUCACGCAGAAAGUCAACAUGCAGCAGCACGUCAAGCAGCACACCGGCGACAAGCCCCACAGCUGCGCCAAGUGCGGUAAAACGUUCGCUGAGAAGUCUCACCUGGCGAGACACUACAGCUUCCACAGCGAGGAGCGUCCCUACAAAUGUGAAGUGUGCCAAAAGAUGUAUAAGACUGAGCGCUGUUUGAAGGUCCACAGUUUAGUCCACGCGGCAGCUAGGCCCUUCGUGUGCGGUUAUUGCAGCAAGGGGUUCCUCAGCAGUACGAAAUUAAAGCAACAUUACAACAUCCACACGGGCGAGAGGCCGUACAAAUGCAAAUACUGCGAGCGUACGUUCACGAACUACCCCAACUGGCUGAAACACACCCGGAGGAGGCACAAAGUGGACCACAAAACGGGGGCCGAGCUGGAGCCUAAGGUUCCCAAGGAAGAGGCGCCCCCCACGCCGGCGCCCGUAGUGGAAUCGGUUCUGGUACCCGAGGCGUCCGUUAUGGAACCCUUGCCGUUGCUCAGCGACGUGUCCCUCAGUAAGGCCGAGGAGUUGCUGUUACAGCAGAGCUUGCUGAAUUUCCCGUUGUUGGACGACAAGAUUAUUUUCAACCAGCAGAUGGACUUUUUGACCGGGACCGCCAAUAAUUCCGUUGGCCUUCUGGUCCCUUAUUUCCAAUCGACGUUGCCGAACCACCAGACAAUAAUCCAACACACCACGCAAACAGCUCUGCCCAUUCAGUUCGGCGAUCUGCUGCACGUGAAUUACGCACAACAGACAUUGCCGUGCGACUGAAUAGCCAGUGCCACGGAAACAGGUUUAGGUUAAGAGUAAACGGUACCAGUGAUUGUAAGUUUGUGGUGCUCGUAGGACGGAAAUAUUUCUGAUAUUUCGUUGAGUGUUUCGGUGGUCGAUGGUUUUUAUUACCGCUCUUUGUACCGUCUGUUACUUGCCGCUUAUUUUUAUCGGUUCUUUUCCUCUCGUCCACUUUCAUUCCUUUCGACGAUCCUUUCCCGUUGUCCUGAAUCGAUGCCUUUCCGUUGACUUGAGUGAUCCUUUUUUGUUGUCCUAAUAUUUGAUCCUUUUAUUUUUUUGUGAGUGUUUAAAAUUUCUUGUGUCCUCGUAAAAUUUUUGUACUAAAAGUGAUUUGUUAAUGUUAACACUCAUUUCAGGUUGGAUAUUUAGGGUUUUAACUGGAUUUAUGAUGUAGAACUCAAACAUUGGUAAUUUUAUCAAAAAUCACCUAUAUAAAAACGUUGCAAAAUAAUUAAGAUAGCAAAUCUAUUCACUGUCAAAGUUCUUCUAAGUUACUUCAUAAUGAUAAACUACAUUUUUUAAACAAUCCCCUUAUUACGACGCCAUUAAGUUGUGUUAACAAAAAUUUGUGGUGUAAACGAUAUGCUGUGGUUGAAUUUUGUCAGCAUUCUCUGUAAAUUUAAAGCGUCAACAAGUUGAUCGUUUUCGUGAACAUGUGCCAUUGUUUAGAAAAUGCACAGACUGGGACACUUCAACAAAGAAAAAUGUUAUUUAUAGCAGACGCUGCUCACGAUAAAGUUAAUUGAAACUGCUCAAAUCAGUCAUGCCAGGGUUAUGAAUACAGGGUAUCCCGAAAUUCAUGCAACAAAAUUUGGUCAAAGAUUCUCCGAGACAAAUUUAGGAGACCCAUAUUUUUU